AUGCCCACUACGCUCAGUGGUUCAAAUAUCGUCUUAAUCCGAGAAUUUAAGAGUUGGUGGGAUGCCCAGUCGUACUGCCGGAAACAUCACACAGACCUGCCCAGCAUAAGGAACUUGGAGGAGAACAGCUUGGUGUACCAAAUCCAUAAUGGCAAUGCAAGGAAGUGGAUCGGACUGCACCGGAACCUUCGGAGUACGUGGUCGGAUGGGAGCGACUCCUCGUACAGAAACUGGAAGGACAACAUACCACCCACCCGCCCUGCCUGGACCGAGAAUAACUGUACUGUGGCUUUAUCCAACAAUGGCUGGCAAUGGGCCGAUAAACAAUGUAACUCCAAGUUCAACUUCCUUUGCAACGGGGUUCGAGUCAAGCAGUCGUUCAGAAUAAAGCUCAGCUCGGCAGACAUCGACCCCAAUGACCCUGAAUGGAGCGAGGCGAUCCUGAAACAGUUGCACGGGAAGCUGAAGGAGAAGAUGGUGAACAACUACUUCAAUCUGACUUGGACGAAGGCCCCAGACGGAGAGAUCUUCCACAACACACGCAAAGAUGAGAAACAACAACAUCCUGAAGUUGCAGAUGAAAGAUGUCCUCCAAAGGUUGAUUAGCCUAGCUUUGACGAUAACAGUCAGUUAGCACCUUGUUCUAGAGCAACCUCUUCAACUAAUCCAAAUCUGGGACCUGCACUCUACUGAGUGGUUAGGAGUAGCCUAGCCUACUUGUGUCUAUGAAGUUGGGUAUUUUGGGACCUGCGUGAGACCUCUACAUUUUUAUCAUGAAUUUUUGUAACAUAAAAUGUACCAUUGCAUAUCUCUCGCUUAUAAAUCAGCAAUCUCCCCCGACCCCAUAUGUGGCCCACACAUAUGGGGGUCCCGACCCAUAGGUUGGGAAUCUUUGAACUCCCUAUCUAUACUAUCCUAUAGGCCUACUAUACUAUGUAGCAUGGCGUUACGUAGGUCUGAAAAUAAGAAACUCCUGAAACAGCUGAAACAGCUCCAGCAUAGACCAGUUUUAUAUUAUUGAUAAAUAAUUAUGAGAAUAGUGAGCUGGAUUGGACCCAAACAAUCAAAUGUGUCCAAUCUGAUCACAUGUAAUAAUCUCUCUCUGUCUCCAUAAUGUUUGAUACUGGCAGCCAUGCAAAGUCUUCCUUUGACUCAAACUGCACGGUCCAAGAUACCCCUCCCUUCCUCGCCCUGUCUCGUCUGUCUCAGCGUUAGUUGGACUAUGGAGGAGGACUUGGUAUUGAUUUGUCCGUAACCGAACUUCAAAACCUGAUGCAAACAAAGAUAUUGGCCUGUACAGCCAAGAGGUAGAAAUGCAAUUCAAAAUUAAAUUCAAUCCAAUGAAUAUAGUUUAGUAGAACACAGGUGUUGGACUCUCAUCUGAAGGGUUCUUGGUUCAACAUCCACAGUUCUACUGAAGGACUCCUAGAUCAAGAUACUCCCCAACCUCUACCUCAUGAUAUGUAACCGAAUAAACUCACUGUAAGUGAAUGUUUCAUGUGAUAGUAAAUGUCUAGUUAAUUAUUUAUAAAACAGAUAGUACCGGUCCUUGAUUCUGGUUGACAUGUAGCAGUUCAAAUGCUCCGUAAACAUAGACCUGUGACCACAUAAUUAAUUUUAGAUUGAAUGCACAGCCAAUCUUCAGGUAAGCUAGCCUGUGUUGCUCGGCAACCAUAUGCUGUCUGAGGAACUAUAAAGCUGUGCGGAAGAACAGGACAAGUCAGUUUUGUUUUCAAUUAUUGUUCACCUUUUAUGUUGCUGUGCUUAUUUGGUUAAAUCUCACAAAGUAGUAACUGUUUUACUAUCCAUUUAAU